AUGAACGGAUUAACAGAGGACGAGAAGCCGCACAUGGUGAUUGGGAUUGAUCUGGGCAUGACUUGCACGGGUGUCGCGUACGCCAAUCUGUCCAUCGGCAGCGAAACGGUCAGAUGGGUUCAAAAAUGGCCCGGUCGCUUUCAAGCAAACGAGAACAAAGUCCCAACGGUGGUCGUCUACCCAACGACAACUCCAAACCCCACCCCCUCCUCGUGGGGCUUUCUCUCGGAAACCGUCGCAGAAACAACUGCCCAAGACAAAGACUACAAAGAAUGGUUCAAGACGCUUUUAUCGCCACCUCGCCUCCAAAAGAAGCAACAGUCGGACCCGGAAAAUGCUCCUGCGUCCAUGGCUGAUGUAGAAAAAUGGUACCGCGACUACCUCAACAAAAUGUACGAGUACCUUGCAUUCAAGCUAGGCGGCGAACUGUCCGGCGUGAGCUGGGAACUAGCAAAAGUUGAGUUCAUUUUCUCGGUGCCGACAACGUGGGAGCCAGUACCGACAGUGGAGAGAUUCAAAUCGAUCGUAGGCGAGGCCGGAUUUGGAGUGCACGCAAAUCACGUCGUAACGAUAGGCCUCACAGAAGCUGAGGCAGCAGCAGUACAUGUCUCCACCGAAGCCCCUGGCAUUUUUCGCGAGAACGACAUCCUCUUAGUGUGCGAUGCUGGCGGCGGCACGACUGAUCUCUCUGUCCUCCGGGUAACCGGAACUAACAACCAAGCCAUCAACCUGCAACAACUCGACGUCGUUUUCGGCGAAACCAUUGGCAGUGCAGCAAUUGAUUACGAAUUUGAGAAACUUGUCUGCGAGAGGCUGGAGCGUGCGCAUGCGGCUCAGCCACUGCCCAUUGAUCCAGCCGAUGCUGCGUGGGAGAUGAUGAAGAGUCGGGACUUCCAAGCUGUGAAAUGCGAGUAUGGCGCUCCUGAUGAUACUCCACUCUUCAGCAUUGCCAUCCCCAAGCUGUCGCAUACCUAUAAUAACGAGAAGGCGGGGAUUCGCAGCGGCGAAGUGGCCUUUGAGCGCGAGGAUCUCCAGCGACUUUUCGAUAAGCAAGUGAAUAAGCUCCUACAACUUAUAGACACACAGCUGCAGAUACUAUAUCGCAAAUUUCCAGCAGAACAGGUAGCGCAUAUCGUUCUCUCCGGUGGACUAGGCAACUCAGCAUACGUGCAAAUCCGGUUACGGCAACAUUAUGCGAUAAAGAGCAUUCCCAAUGCACGCGGAAUAUCGGUACGCAUAGCGCCUGACCCUCAGCUGGCAGUCUGCAAAGGUCUUGUUGCGGACCGUGUAAGGAAGCUCAUCACGAAUUACUCUGUGCUCGGCUGGCGGUGCUGUCGCUCCUCUUACGGGACCAUGUGCAAGAUUGCGUACGAUAAGAAGAACCCAGAACAUGUGGGGAAGCAGCUCGUGCGGGAUCCACUGAACGGGAAAAUGUACAUCAUGCAGGCAAUUGCUUGGUUCGUGAAAAAGGGCGAAGCUGUAUCCGUGGAUAAGCCGAUCAUACAUAACUUCAUCAAGAAGGUAACUCCAGGUGACCCGCGGCGAGCAUUCCCAACCAGUGUUAUCGAAUGCAAUCUUGAUGCGGCCUAUCUCCCAAGCCAGAUGAGUCCGGAUACACGUGUUCUCUGCGAAAUUUCCUCAGACCUUUCUUCCGCAGACGAGAAGAGGUUUACAGAGAAGAAUAAGCGGUUUUGGUCCCUUGGCAAGCACUACUUCAAGGUUGAAUAUCAAGUCCGUGUCAUCAUAGGCCCGGCUGAUAUCCGCUUCGAGCUAUGGUUCAAUAAUCAGAAGCUCUCACGCGACCAGUCGAUUAAGGUAGACUGGACGCCUGCGCCUACGAUGCCGCCAGCUGGGCAAGUGGACAUCGCGACAUGGAACAGGGUGGAACUUCCCGAUAGCUAUCCGACGCACAUGUCCGGAGGCGCUGGAGGGUUCGGAAAUCAUGGUAUUGAUAGAACAGGAACAGGCAUGAUAGAUACUUCUGGUAAAGAGAGAGCAGGAAAGGCUGGAAAGUUUUCAGGGGUACUCGGUAGAUCAUGGCCGGUGUACAAAUAA